UUGUCUGUUAUUUGUGUUAGACUUGUCUAAGUGAGAACACAUCAUGAGCGGAAGAGGCAAGGGAGGCAAAGGUCUGGGGAAAGGUGGCGCCAAGCGUCACCGCAAAGUUCUCCGUGAUAACAUCCAAGGCAUCACCAAACCCGCCAUCCGUCGCCUGGCUCGUCGUGGCGGCGUCAAGCGUAUCUCCGGGCUCAUCUACGAGGAGACUCGCGGCGUGUUGAAGGUCUUUCUGGAGAACGUCAUCCGCGACGCAGUCACGUACACAGAGCACGCCAAGAGGAAGACUGUGACCGCCAUGGACGUGGUCUACGCUCUGAAGAGACAGGGCCGAACCCUGUACGGAUUCGGAGGUGGAAUCACCAAGCCCGCCAUCCGCCGCCUGGCACGUCGUGGCGGCGUCAAGCGUAUCUCCGGGCUCAUCUACGAAGAGACUCGUGGCGUGCUGAAGGUCUUUCUGGAGAACGUCAUCCGCGACGCAGUCACGUACACUGAACACGCCAAGAGGAAGACUGUGACCGCCAUGGACGUGGUCUACGCUCUGAAGAGACAGGGCCGAACCCUGUACGGAUUCGGAGAAUCAUUCGUUCUUCGAUUCCGAACAACUCUCGCUUGUCCACCAACGAUGGCCAGAACCAAGCAGACUGCUCGUAAGUCCACUGGAGGAAAAGCCCCCAGGAAGCAGCUCGCCACCAAGGCUGCCCGCAAGAGCGCACCCGCCACCGGCGGAGUGAAGAAGCCUCACCGCUACAGGCCCGGCACAGUGGCUCUCCGUGAAAUCCGUCGCUACCAGAAAUCCACCGAACUGCUGAUCCGCAAACUGCCCUUCCAGCGGCUGGUGAGGGAAAUCGCCCAGGACUUCAAGACAGACCUGCGCUUCCAGAGCUCCGCUGUCAUGGCGCUGCAGGAGGCAAGCGAGGCUUACCUAGUCGGUCUGUUCGAGGACACCAACCUGUGCGCCAUCCAUGCUAAGAGGGUCACCAUCAUGCCAAAAGACAUCCAGUUGGCCCGCCGCAUCCGCGGAGAGAGGGCUUAGUCUCACCUGAUCAUCUGACUACAAACCAACGGCUCUUUUAAGAGCCACUAAAUUAAUUCAGAGCUUUUAUUCCUACAAAGCUAUACAACAUUUUUAUGAAGUAACUAUCAUAUAUGAAUACUUAAUGUAGCAAAAAACCCAUGAAGUAUAAACAUGCAAUUACAACUAGCCACAAUACUUCAUUUCUAUCUGGGUGGGGGUGUAGUGUAUUGAUAAGUUGGCAAUUGAAAACUUAAACAGUGUAUAUAUUCCUGUGUCUUGGCUCUAAACAACCUAAACUAAUAGUUGGACCAUAGGCUCUGAAGAAGCUUGUCUUUCUCAUUCUAGAACUGCACUGUCCCCAUGAAUUACAGUAAGACUUGGCAUAGAUACUAAGUGGAAAUUGAUCUAUUCCACAAGACCCCCAUUCACAUCACAUUGAUGCCAAAUUCUAGGCCAUCAGUAUAAGUAUGUGCUCAAUGCACAUAUUACGUGUCCAACAUGAAUUUCCAUCAGAUGCUA